AUCCGUUGAAGUCCUAACUGUGAGGCGCAGUUUAUCCUCUCGAUAGCGGACGGUGAAGGUUACCUGCUUCAACAGUGCUUGAACGGCAACCUUUCUACUGUCUUCCUACACAACUGGACGAGAAUAAUCGCCUAAGAAUACCACCACCAACUUAAAACAUCAUUUUAAUCAUCUUAUAUACGUUAGCUUGCUAAGGUAUCUUCUACACGUUUAGCUUGUCAGCUAGCUGUUUGUUUUGCUAGUUAGCCUCACGUAAAGCGUUGCGACCUCCUUCCCAGAAGACCCGCCACAGAGACCAGAACCAUGAGUUCCCAGGUGAGACAAAACUUCCACCAGGACUGCGAGGCUGCCAUCAACAGGCAGAUCAACCUGGAGCUGUAUGCCUCUUAUGUCUACUUGUCUAUGGCUUACUACUUUGACCGGGAUGAUCAGGCAUUGCCCAACUUUGCCAAAUUCUUCCGUAAUCAGUCGCAUGAAGAGCGUGAGCAUGCUGAGAAGCUAAUGAAAGUGCAGAACCAGAGGGGGGGCAGGAUCUUCCUUCAGGAUGUCAGGAAGCCAGAGAGGGACGAGUGGGGCAGUGGAGUCGAAGCCCUUGAAUGUGCCCUGCAGUUGGAGAAGAGUGUGAACCAGUCACUGCUGGAUUUGCACAAGCUCUGCUCUGAUCACAGUGACCCACAUUUGUGUGAUUUCAUUGAGACGCACUACCUGGACGAGCAGGUGAAGUCCAUCAAAGAGCUGGCAGACUGGGUGACCAACCUGCGCCGAAUGGGAGCACCACAGAAUGGCAUGGCAGAAUACCUAUUUGACAAACACACCCUGGGCAAAGAGAGCAGCUAAAUCCCUCCACAUCACUUUUCCAAAAGCUUUCUUAAUAUGUAAAUUUGUAUCGCGCUUUCAAGUGUUUUCAAAAUAUAUAAAGCCAUCUGCAUGAUAACAGCUAGUCAUAGAAACCUCUUCUAUUACUCAUAUUGUACUCUGCAUUACAGUUACUUCAUAGACCCCUGUUCCCACAGCUGUGAGCCUCGCCUGUGUCAUCACUUUAUCUGUUGUGUUUUAUGCCAGGAGUUGUUAAACCAAUUAAACAAACCCUCUGGAUUCUGA